AUGGACUACAACCUCACCAAGAACACUGAAGGUGAUUUUUCUACAACAUCGAGGCCCCUUCCUUAUGAUUCCGAACAAGUUGUCACCCGAGGGCCUGAGGCAGAUGGGUUUGUUGGACCUGAUGAUUUGCCAGACACCAUAGCACGUGGGCACAAAGACACCUAUACUUCAAGCCCAAAAGCACCUGACUCUGCACCCCUCAUAGAAGAUGAAUUUGUGUAUCCUUCUUCGGAGCAGAGUGAAAGGAUCACAGAGCCGGCCCCGGCGUACGACGGAUAUGGAAAUCCGGUGUUACGGGAGGAUUAUCGACGGAUAGCGCAAGAGGGAGGCCCGAAUGAAUCAAAUCCAGAGGAAAAUGAACUGCAAGAAACUACCAUAAGACUUGUCGCCACAAUAACGGAUCCGCAAGACAGUACAAGGGCGAUGUCAACGCGUAGAUUCAAUUCGACGAUGUACAGGCCUACAGGCACUGGAUUCAAAUGCAAGACAAAGAAGCCGAAAUCGACAAGAGCGAGAACAACAAGGUCUCGGUGUGGGAAAAAGUGUCGGAGCGGAUCUGGCAAACGCAGUGGCUCAGGAAAGGGCAGAGGAACAGGUGGAGGGACAGGUAUAGGCGACGGCGGCGGCGGCAGCGGUGGUGGUGGUGGUGGAGGGGGAGGAGGAGGUGGUGGUGGUGGAGGUGGAGGUGGAGCCCUAUCACGAUUACGCCUUAUCUAA